AAGUACAGCUGCGGUGCGAAGGAGGAGGGACACGGAGGUGCGACGUGGAAAGGCAGACUGCCGCUCAUGUCUGCCUUGUAAACAAAUUAAAUCUGGCGGCAGGAUGAGAACAGACUGUCGGCUCUCAGUUGGAUUUAAUAUUAAAAUGAGGUAUAUCUGCAAACAGAGUCACCACUUGAGUUAGGAAGAAGUCGUCGCCAUGGACGGGGGGUUGACCAUUACUUUAAUAUCCGUGGCGAUGUUUGUAGGCUCCUUUUUACUUGGAUUCAUCCCGCUAUUGUUCACACUUCCUCAGAAAAGCUUGCAGCUUGUCUCCAGUCUGGGGGCAGGUUUGCUUUGUGGGACAGCACUUGCCAUCACCAUCCCUGAAGGUGUGGGGUUAUUGGAGGAUUCAUGGAGAGCAUCAUCCUCCUCCUCUGAUGUGCCUUCCUGUCUGAAUGCCAGUGACAAAAAUGCAGCCUCCACAGAUGGAAGUCCUCCACCUCGGUUCUACAUCGGGGUGGCUUUAACUUUUGGGUUUACCUUCAUGUUUGCUGUUGAUCAGAUCGCUAGUUACUUUUCCACACGUGAUCAAACAACACAAACAAAUACCGUCCACAUCACAGCCACACUGGGGCUGGUCAUUCAUGCUGCAGCUGAUGGAUUUGCUCUGGGGGCUGCUGUGGCGACAGGCCAAGUGACAGUACAGGUCAUAGUAUUUUUUGCUGUCAUUUUGCACAAGGCUCCUGCAGCUUUCGGCUUGGUCUCCUUUCUAAUGCACGCGCGCCUGGAAAAGAAGUACAUUCAGGGACAUUUGCUGGCCUUUUCAGCUGCUGCACCUAUAAUUGCCAUCAGUUCUUACUUCAUAUUACAUGCCUCUGGAGGUUCCUCUCAGAACCAGCUCAGUACAACAGGUGUGGGAAUGCUCUUCUCAGCGGGGACUUUCCUUUACGUGGCCACAGUGCAUGUCCUACCAGAGAUCACUAGCAAGAGGACAGAACAAACUUCUGCUGAUUUCCAGCAGCAGGCUGGAGCAGAAACCCACCAGCAGCAACACCUGGGACUCAUGGAAAGCUUCACUCUUGUCCUUGGUGUGGGGCUUCCAGUAGUAUUGGCCCUUGGACUGCAUGACGACUAAGAAGGGAACACUGGAUUGGUGGAGUUUCAUGCACUGUGAACGCCUGUCUACUACAAUAAUGUACUACGUAAAUAUGGCAUACUUAGAAUACAAAAUGUGCCUUAGAAAGAAGUUUAUCUUGUGCUCUGAUUUCAGUGAAACUCACCCUCGAGUCUGGGUAUUGUAUGUGUAUCCACAGAGAUUUCAAUUUGGCAGAGAGAAUAAGAAAACUAAUAUUCUCAGUUUACUGAGUUUCUAUUACAAGCAAACAAAAGGAGUAACUUUGGUUGUCAAAGUCCUACAGGGACUUGCCAAAUUUAAAUGAAAUUCAAGUCACUGGAUAGAUUAACAGGAAGAACAGCCAAAUAAUUCAACACUGUUGGAAAGAUAAUAUGAAAUCCAGGUCAAAAAGGUUUUACACAUUUUUUUAAGGUGAGACUUUUUACAAUCUGUCUGACAAAACAUUAGUGAAACAACUGCAAGGAUGCAGAGUAUGUCCAAAAAUGUCUGUAACAUGAUAUGUCACAUGGAAACAGCAGAGUCCUUUCUGUAAGAACCAGGAUGUAACUUUUAAUGACUGCUUCUCUUUAAGUUUCUUCUUUAGAGUACACAGAUGAUGAAACAUAGGAUAGAGGAAAUUAAAAAAAUGUUUUGUGUUUA